UUUUUUCUCGGUGAAUCAUAGCAGGCGUUGGAAGCUGCCAGCGAAUGCGAGAAACAAAUUCCGUCUUCGUCCUUCCCUGAGAGUUUUGUGCUCACCGCUCCACCUCCGCUAGCAUCCCCUUCUUCUUUCCUUCGCGUGAUAUAUAAGCGAACAAGCCAUGGAGAUUCAGUCAACCUCAUGGGACUCUCUGAGGAAGCAGGCCAGGAAACUUGAAACUCAGCUGGAUGAGCAGUUGAAUCAAUAUCGCAGGCUCGUUUCAACACAACCUGAUGGCUCAGAAUUUGAUCUCGAGUCCAGCAUAGAACGACUAUUGAAACAACUCCAACUUGUUAAUUCUCAAAUGCAAACUUGGGUUUCAUCGGGAGGCUCAGAAAUUCUUUCUCACACAUUGAAUCGACAUAGAGAAAUUUCACAGGAUCUUACUCAGGAAUUUUACCGAUUACGUUUGAGCCUUAAAGCAAGACAGGAACGUGCAUCACUACUGAAUUUUAGGGAUUUUGACAAGGCGAGGUUGGAUCUGGAAGAGGGUGCUGCAAAUGAGGAGCAUGCUCUCUUGAAAGAACAGGCAACUAUCAACAGAAGCACAGGACAGAUGGACGCGGUGAUCUCUCAAGCCCAUGCUACUCUGGGCACAUUAGUUUUUCAGCGAUCUUCAUUUGCCGGUAUUAACAUGAAGCUAAGCAACGUGGGCAGCCGGCUUCCAUCAGUGAAUAACAUUCUGUCCGCAAUCAGACGAAAGAAAUCAAUGGACACCAUUAUUCUUUCCCUGGUCGCGUCGGUUUGUAUGUUCCUUAUGCUAAUAUAUUGGUUGUCAAAGUAAGUAAUGCCUUCAAUCGAAAUUUCUCCUUUGACUGGUUACAAAUUGUAAUUUUGGACGUUAUUUGUAACUUUGCAGAAAAAAAUUAUCUAUUUUUAUCAUUCUUUUUUCUCUUUGAAUGCUUGCAACAGACUCUAUGAAUUCAACU